AUGCAACAUAAGCUUCCCCGCGAGCUCCGGGACAUGAUAUACGACCACAUCCUCUCCCCUGCUCGAGAUGAGUCUCUCUCCAUCAACGACGAUGACCUCGAUGACGUCGACAAGCCAUACCGGGAUAUUAUUGCGGGUUUCGCCGAGGAACGCGGAUACGGAUACGCGCAUAUGUGUAGCGAGAAAUUUGUUGAUCUGGACACUAUGAGCGAGUUUGCACGUCGCUGGUAUUAUCAUACCAAAUUGUGGCUGUUCCUCACACCUGCGGAGGUCGCCGAGUUCUUCGAAACUGACAUCUGGGGUCUCGGUCUGGAAAGCGAUCGUCUAUUGCGCCAUCUCGAAGUCGAAGUGUGCGAACAAGAAGACGAAGACAACGUCACUCCGCUCCAGCAGUGUCUCUUCAAGCUCGCGCCUGGCGCAUCGAUCGUUUUCCACCUGCGAGUAGAUUACAUUUAUGGCCCAGGUGCAUACUCGUAUGACGAGGAAUUCAACAUGUUCCUGCUCUCGGAACGCAUAAGCGCGCUAUUUCCUCUGAUGCUGCAGCUGAUCGAGGCUGGCUAUGAGUUGUAUGGGGCGCUGGAUGGGUAUGAAGACUUUCGCGUCACUCCCGCCACCCUGGACCGAGACCACAAGAUGGACUCAAAAACCUUCCAAUGGGAGCGCACUGUCGCUUCGGGCACCUACCUCAUAUCCUCCGACCGGUCGCUCCUUCCGUACACCUUCGUCCAGGAAGCCUACGCGACGGACGCAAUGUUUUGGGCGAAACCGCUCUCUUUCACGGACCUGUCGACCAUGCUUGACAACAGUCUCACCCUCGGUGUAUACUCUGUUUCGGACGGCAUCAAGAAGCCUAUUGGGAUGGCGCGCUUCAUUACCGACUACACGACGCUCGCCUACCUCACAGACGUCUACCUCGUCCCCGAACACCAGGGCCAAGGACUCGGCAAAUGGCUCAUCGCAUGCUGUCGCGAGAUCUGCGCCGGAAUGGAAAACCUCCGGUGGAUGGUCCUCUUGACCGGCGGCGAGCAAGCGCAAGCGCUCUACAGGAAGGAAUUGGGCAUGACAAAGCUUGACGGGGUGGAGGAGGGGCUGGUUUGUAUGGGGGCUCGGCGGGCAAAACUCACCGAAGCAGCGGGCGCUCCGCCCUCAGCAUAG